AAUAUAGGUUCACUGUCUGGAGCCAGUCGACCAACAUUGGACUUGGUUGACCAGCUUCUGUGGAACUGGAGUUCUGCCUCUGCACUUCAAAGAACAGACGUAGGUUUUGUGGUAUAUUCAAAAUAUAGGUUCACUGUCUGGAGCAAGUCGACCAGCAUUGGACUUGGUUGACCAACUUCUGUAGUUCUGCCUCUGCACUUCAAGGAACAGACUUAGGUUUUUGAUAUAUUCCUUAUAGAUUUUACAACUUGAUUAUACAUGCUAAUGUUAGAGCAAAACUAGAAUGACCUUAGCUUGAAUUUGAGAAAAAAGAAGCAAUGGACCCAACUCUGAGCUAAAUAAGAGAAAUUUUACAGUGGCCCUAUUCACCCCCCACCCAAAAAAAAAAAAACAAAAACAGAAAAUAAGGAUCAUCUGUUUUAGUGAACAUCAAGAUAUCUAUGUUUCCGGCUUUAUGUUUUGGAUGUAGUUGUAGUCAUUGGUUGAUUCCUAUGUAUGCAUGGAAUUUCAUUUUCAGGAAUUUGAGAGAGAUGUUCAAGUUGGAUGCUGCUGAGUAUAUGAUGUCUAUCUGUGGUGAUGAUGGUCUGAGGGAGCUUUCUUCUACAGGGAAAAGUGGCAGCUUCUUCUAUCUUUCUCACGAUGACAGAUUUGUAAUCAAGACUUUAAGAAGAUCUGAGCUGAAGGUUCUACUCACGAUGCUGCCUAGCUACUACAAUCAUGUGAAAGAGCAUGAAAACACUCUCAUUACAAAAUUUUUUGGCCUCCACCGGAUAACGUUGAAACAUGGGAAAGAGGUACGCUUUGUGGUAAUGGGGAAUAUGUUCUGCACUGAAUUGCAUAUUCAUCGACGUUAUGAUCUGAAGGGUUCAACAUAUGGGAGAUUUACAUAUCCAGAUAAGAUUCAUGAGGGUACAACAUUGAAAGAUCUUGAUUUGUCUUAUGAAUUUCAUAUGGACUGGUUAUUGCGGGAGUCACUUUUUAAACAACUAUCUCUAGACUGCAAGUUCUUAGAAUCUCAACAAAUAAUUGACUAUAGCCUUCUGCUGGGGUUACAUUUUAGAGCUCCUGAGCAUCUGAAGGCCCUGUUGGAACCUCCUGACUCGCUGCACAAGUCUGAAAGUAUACCUGCUAUGGAAGGUGCAAUUUCUCAAGGGGAGUUUUUGAUUCCUCCAAAGGGUCUGGUUCUACUAACCCAUGAGCCUAGUUUUGUGAGCACUGCACCAGGUCCUCAUAUUAGAGGAAAUACUUUGAGGGCAUGUUCUGUAGGUGACAAGGAGGUAGAUCUUCUGCUGCCUGGUACUGCAAGGUAGCUUUUAUUUAUUUUGACCUUACCAGGCUGAUAGAAUGACAAUCUGCUAGUAGAAGAGUCCAGUUGCUUCAACUACGUUAUUUCUGGCUUCCGAGUCUGUUGAAUGACCACCCCAACCUUUUGGAAUUCGCCUGACGUAAAAGCACUCAUGAUACAUUACUUUUGAAGCAUAUGUCAAAUUGCCCUAUCUGAGAAGUGCAGUUCAUUAUUCGACUCUAUUGCCUGUCACCACUGAACCCGAUUGUCAGAAGAACCAAGUCAACAUUUGAAAGUGUUAUCAUGUAUAUACAGAUGAGCCUCCUCUCGUAAACCAAGUCUCGGUGUUUGGAUCUCAUGGCUUGUCCUCUCCUGUUUUGCCUUAUUUGCUCUUAACUUCUUUUUGCCAUUUUUUUUUCUUUCUUUCUUCUUUUACAUCGGUAUAACUACAUCAGCAUUUAUCUUUCACUCUUGUCAUAAAACUUGCGCGCUGUAUUUAAAUGUUUCUUACAGGAGGUAGUGUUAAACCGAUGGGUUUGCUGGCAAAGCAGACUUCACUCAAUUCCAGUUGUUUGCAAUUUUUUUUAGGUUACGGGUGCAAUUAGGUGUGAACAUGCCAGCUCAGGCAAAUUGCAAGCUUCUGCAGAAUGAGACUGGUUCAGCCAAAGUCGAACUUUUUGAGGUUUAUGAUGUUGUUCUCUAUCUUGGCAUAAUUGAUAUAUUGCAGGGAUACAACUUGAAAAAGAAAAUGGAGCAUGCAUAUAAAUCGGUUCAGUCUGAUCCAAUGUCAAUUUCUGCUGUUGAACCCAAGCUUUACUCGAGACGUUUCAUUGAGUUUCUGGAGAAAGUUUUCCCUGUUUCCCCUUCUUUUCCAACUUCCUCCUGCUGAGGUUUGUCAAGCUUGACCGCUUGGAGUUCUUUCACCAUUUUUUGUAAGUGAGUCCUUCACACCUAAAUGCUCUUAUGAUAGCCAUUGUACAGUAAUAGCUUCACUUGUAUAUAUAUAUACUUUUCGGUUCUUUGAGUUUCCGAAUUCGUGUUAACUUUUCAAAUUAUUUUUCCAUCUUAUGAUGGCUAUAGUCAAUUUAG